GUCUCUGCCUUUGUCUGGAGGGGACUCCUGGGUGGUCGUGGAACUGAGCUGCGUGCGCUGGGAGAGGGACCUGGAGAUCUCUGAAAGAAGAUGAAUUUGGCUGAGAUUUGUGACAAUGCAAAGAAAGGAAGAGAAUAUGCACUUCUUGGAAAUUAUGACUCAUCAAUGGUAUAUUACCAGGGGGUGAUACAGCAGAUUCAGAGACAUUGCCAGUCGGUCAGAGACCCUGCUAUCAAAGGCAAAUGGCAUCAGGUCCGGCAGGAAUUACUGGAAGAAUAUGAACAAGUCAAAAGUAUUGUCAGUACUUUGGAAAGUUUUAAAAUUGAGAAGCCACCAGAUUUCCCUGUGUCAUGUCAAGAUGAACCAUUUAGAGAUCCUGUGGUCUGGCCACCUCCUGUUCCUGCAGAACACAGAGCACCACCUCAAAUCAGGCGUCCUAAUCGAGAAGUAAGACCUUUGAGGAAAGAAAUGGCAGGAGUAGGAGCCCGGGGGCCUGUAGGCCGAGCACAUCCUAUAUCCAAGAGUGACAAACCUACGAGUAGAGACAAGGAUUAUAGACCAAGAGGGAGAGAUGACAAGGGAAGGAAAAAUAUGCAAGAUGGUGCAAGUGAUGGAGAAAUUCCAAAAUAUGAUGGUGCUGGAUAUGAUAAGGAUCUUGUGGAAGCCCUGGAGAGAGACAUUGUGUCCAGGAAUCCUAGCAUUCACUGGGACGACAUAGCAGAUCUGGAAGAGGCUAAGAAGUUGCUAAGGGAAGCUGUUGUUCUUCCAAUGUGGAUGCCUGAUUUUUUUAAAGGGAUCAGAAGGCCGUGGAAGGGUGUAUUGAUGGUUGGACCCCCAGGCACUGGUAAGACUAUGCUAGCUAAAGCUGUUGCCACUGAAUGUGGUACAACAUUCUUCAACGUCUCUUCUUCUACACUGACAUCCAAAUACCGAGGUGAAUCAGAAAAGUUAGUUCGUCUGCUGUUUGAAAUGGCUAGGUUUUAUGCCCCUACCACGAUCUUCAUUGAUGAAAUAGACUCUAUCUGUAGUCGAAGAGGAACCUCUGAUGAACAUGAGGCAAGUCGCAGAGUGAAGUCUGAGCUCCUCAUUCAGAUGGAUGGGGUUGGAGGAGCCUUAGAAAAUGAUGAUCCUUCCAAAAUGGUUAUGGUAUUGGCUGCCACUAAUUUCCCAUGGGACAUUGAUGAAGCUCUGCGAAGGCGAUUAGAAAAAAGGAUAUAUAUUCCUCUCCCAACAGCAAAAGGAAGAGCUGAACUUCUGAAGAUCAAUCUUCGUGAGGUCGAAUUGGAUCCUGAUAUUCAACUGGAAGAUAUAGCAGAGAAGAUUGAAGGCUAUUCUGGAGCGGACAUAACUAAUGUCUGCAGGGAUGCUUCUUUAAUGGCAAUGAGGCGGCGCAUCAAUGGCUUAAGUCCAGAGGAGAUCCGGGCGCUUUCUAAGGAGGAACUCCAGAUGCCUGUUACCAAAGGAGACUUUGAGUUGGCUCUAAAGAAAAUCGCUAAGUCUGUCUCUGCUGCAGACUUGGAGAAGUAUGAAAAGUGGAUGGUUGAAUUUGGAUCUGCUUGAGUUUUUGUCAUCUCUUCCAUUUCUGGUAUUUUUGUUCAUAAAAUAUGGAAAAAUUCCUGAAUUUUUUUAAAAAACAGGUUUGCAAUUUUCAUUGGAGAGAUUUUCACUUAGGGGCCAAAAAGAAAGUACAACUACAAAGAUACUAAACGUAGUUGAGAAAUAUGAAGAGCUUAAAUAGAAAGCCUGGUCUCCUCUCUUCCCUGGCUUUGUGCUGAUAUUUUGUGUCCUCACGUGCUAAUAUUAUACACCCACAGCAGUGUAUCGGGGAUGCCAAGGAAAAUAGCAACUCCUAUUCCAGGAACUUGUUUACAGAAGAUUUAUAAUGAUCUCCUUUUCUCACUUGCAUUGGUUUAUUUUUGUUUUGUUUUUCAGUUUUUCUUGCUCUGUAAACAUGAGGGAUGUACACAACACACAUAUACACACUCUGGCUUCUAGCAGCAAUACUUAGUUUGUAUCAAAUUCAUGAAUUGUCAAUAAGAAGGAGAAGGACAAGGAAACAGGGAAUUUUCCAAUUAAACCUGUAGUAUACACCUCUGACCUACUGGUAGAGUCUAACAGAGGCUCUCAUGUGUUACUCUUCCCUCCCCCUAGUCUUUCCAUUAGGUAUUUGGUACUGCUACACUGAGAAAUACCCCAUGCUUGUAGUUUGUUCAGCACUUUGCAGGUUGUUUCUCUGGUCUCUAGUGAAUUUUGCUGGUGCUUAUAUUUUCACACUGGAAAGGUGAGAAGCAUAUUAUAUUAGAGGCGCUUCUUCAUUCUAGACUUCGAAGGUUGUUUUAACUUUUCAGAUUAUUUGUACUUUUCUUUCGGUAUGUUCAAGGACACAUAACUAUUAUCUUUUCUCAGCUUCAACUUUUCUAUUUGAUUUUUGUUGAAUUUGAUUUUUGUAUUUAGGAGAAACACUCUGGCAUUCUAAACAGGCCCAGAGUCUAUGGGUGAUGCAAAACAAACAAAAUCUUUAUGAUUUUCCAGGCAAGUCAACAUCAUACAUAAUGAAGGAUGUUUGCUUGAAAAAUUUUAAAAUCUUUUUUGUAAGUUAAAAACAUGUACCAACAGCAGGACUAAGAUAGAAAUGUGACAUACUCAUUCAACUCAGCAGGAAUUUCAUAAUAAAAAGGAUCAGGCAAAGGUAGAUGGCUAUCACAGCAGAGCAUUCUGCUGAUGGUGCUUUUUAGUUAAUGACAUUUAUUCUUUUUUAGGUUAUCAGACAAACUGUGCUAUAGUGGUCAAACUUUUAAAAAUCUAUAUUUGGUGAUCUUGUGAAUUCUCUAUUUGGGAUAGCACCCAGUGAUUGAAACUGCUAUGUGGGUUUAGUAGUGCACAUGUGUAUAUAUACAUGUGUACAUGCAUACAACAUAUAUUUAACAGACACCAAAAAACUCAGUCUCUUAAGACAUUUAAUUUUUUUCCUAGUAAGAGCUAUAAAUACUUUUUUUCCAGAUAAUGUAUUAGCUUAUUUAAAUAUAUAAUAUAUUACAUAUUAUAUAUAUAGAACUUCGCUAUGUAUCUAAUGAAUAUAAAUUGUCCUUUUAAC